GGAAGUGGUAGCAGCGGUUUGUAGCAGCAGUGGUAGCAGGGCCCUCCCUCUGUCUCUGCAGAUAAAUACUCGCAGCCUGUCUAUUCCAGGCAUGGAUGACGGUUGCACUCAGACAUGGCACUGCGACAUUACACUCUCGACAUCAGCCUCUCUACGGCAGUUGACUCUGCUUCAACAGUUCCUGGUCUGCUGUCCAUAUUUCAUGAGCAGGAAAUGACAGAGACUGUCCAUGAAACAGAUGGGCAUGGAUAUCUCGCUACAUUUGUUGGAAAGAAUGGCCGGUUUGCUAUUCUACGUGUGCACUCCCAGGGGUUGGUCACCAUUGAUCUGCAGUGUUAUGAGGAGGACAACAUUGCACAACUAGACAAUCUUUUAAAUGCACUGGAAAAGAAGCUUAAGGUUCUCUUAAAAGGCAAUAUUACAAGGAUUAAGAGGCUCCCAGCGCUUGUACGAGGAGCAAAAGUGGACCGAUACUGGCCCACAGCGGAUGGUAGACUGAUGGAGUAUGACAUUGACCAAGUGGUUUACGAAGAAGAGUCUGCUUACCAAAACAUAAAAAUAUUGCACUCACAGCAGUUUGGGAAUAUCCUUGUUCUCAACGGAGAUGUCAACCUGGCGGAGAGUGACUUUGCCUACACCCAAGCCAUUAUAGGUAACGGAAAAGAGAAUUACGCUGGAAAAGAGGUGCUUAUACUUGGAGGAGGUGAUGGAGGCAUCCUGGCUGAGGUGGUCAAACAAAAACCAAAGAUGAUCACCAUGUUGGAAAUUGACCAGAAGGUAAUAGACGGGUGCAAAGCUCACAUGAGGGUAACUUGUGGAAAUAUCCUUGACAGCCUACAGGGAGACUGUUACCAAAUUCUAGUGGAGGACUGUGUGCCCGUGCUGAAGAAGUAUGUCCAGGAAGGAAGGAUGUUUGAUUAUGUUAUUAAUGACCUCACUGCAGUCCCAAUAUCCACAGAGCCAGAAGAAGACUCUACAUGGGAGUUCCUGCGUCUCAUCUUAGAUCUGUCAAUAAAAGUCCUGCAUCCCUCUGGCAAAUAUUUCACACAGGGAAACAGUGUGAAUCUGAAAGAGGCACUGAGUCUGUAUGAGGAGCAGCUGGGGAAGCUCUCGUGUCCUGUGAGCUUCUCCAAAGAGGUGGUGUGUGUGCCCUCCUACCUGGAACUGUGGGUUUUCUACACUGUGUGGAAGAAGUAAAGAGCUCUUUUCUUUUUCUGCUUGAAUCCCCAGCGGCUGGAAUGUGAACGCUCCUCCCAUUUCUGCUGUAACCUCAAAGGUGCGCUCAGACUGAACAGGACAAGAAAAUUACAGGUCAUUUUAAAGUUUGGAUAGGUAAAGGGGUUACCGGUAUGUGGGCUAAAAAAGGGCUGAGUGCAGGGAAAUAUAAUUGGCCAUUUUUAGUGACUCUCUGCUCCUGCUGUCAUGUUAGUGAGACAAAUUCUCACUUCAGUCUGACCACAUCUUUGGGAGCAAAAAGAAAGUUUUAUUCUCCCCUCUCUUUAACCCCAUUCGACCUUGAUCUCCCCCCUCAUUCUCUCUCUGCCUGUUUUAGUUGUGUUUUACCAUUGUUUGCUACAACUUCUCAGUUGUAUUUCGAUUGUGUUUCAUGAUUUGAAUGUCCAUUUGCAUGUAUGUUGAAGGAACUGUUAGAUGUUUGAACAGUGGUUUGAUACACUGACGACGUGGUGUAACUCCUCUCAAACAGGCGUGUCUUUCUUGUGUUUUUCUUUAGGUUUAUCUGAGUUAUGAGCUCAGACAGAGCAAUCUUUUGGCUCAGCACAAACUGAACUGAGCUGCUUUUUACGCUCUGUUUUUUGUUACUGCCUCUCAAAUGUGAUUUGAUUUUUUUUUUUUCAGGUUGUUUCAAGGUAAUGUGAGCAUGUCCAGUGAGACUCAAAAGUGUUUUGAGUCCACGUGUGUUUUAAAAGGGAAACGAUUCCACCACUUUAAUGCCACCUCUGUGCUUGUGCUGUUUAUAUGUCAUGUUUUAUUAGCACCUUUGGUUUCUCCUGGUAUAUUUUAAGUUUUUUUUAAGGCUGUAUUCGGUGCAUGUAAAGGACGGUGAAUGUAGCUUGCAUAUACAGUACACAGCUUGUUUACAUGUGAUAAACUCUGUGGGACUGAGUUACAUUUAUUUAUUCUAUAUGAUUUCACCAAAUGCUGUUUUUGUCCCGCUGAGAUGAUUUUUGUGACCAUCACGAUUAAACAUGUUUUUUGGGG